AUGCCCGAUUCAGAUAAACGCAACAAAAACAAGGCCAAGACUGAGGCAAACGAUGAGGAGGAUGACUGGAAGAAGUGCUCUCUCGAUUCGAACAUCGGAUCGGCGAUUUUUCACGCCCCACAGACGCCCUUCCUGUUAAUCGAAGAGGGCCGCAAAAUGCAGCCCGAGAAGACAGCGGCGGAGGAGGAGGAGAAGAAGAAGCCAAAGAAAAAGCACAAGAGCAAGGACAAAGCGGUGAAGACAGGCAGUGAGGACAAGUCGGCCGCUGACCCGAGCUCUGGCUCGAGCCCCAGUUCACCGCCUUCACCACCGCCAUCAAAGACAAAGAAGAGCAAAGAAGAUGAAUCAUCGGGCGGAGGUUCUUCCGAGAAAAAGUCGCCAAAGGCCAGCAAAGUUCCAGCUGCUGGUCCUUCACUGAAAGCACUGAAGAAGACUGACUCUGGUGGCAGUAACGAAAAGAAGAAAAAGAAGACGAAGAACCACAAAAGCAGCAGUGUGACCAGCAACAACAGCAGCAAUGCCUCUCAACGCAGCAGUGCCUCCACCAGUGCCUCUUCGCAGGCCACGUCUUCAUCGGGUUCGCUGAUGAAGCACUUCCCCAGUAAUGCCAAUGGCAGCCCAAUGGUUGCCUCUGAGGAGAAGUACAAUCGAUACCUCGUUUCCCACCCGUAUGGCCACCAGUCAUCUGGCUCUUCAGAUGGCUCAGUUGAUGUCACCUCCUUCUCGACUAGUGCCAGCAACAGCAACAGAGGUCAACAGCAGGUCAAAUUGGGCGGUGCUGCUCCUUCUCCUUCAACUGCUCCUCCGCCUGCAACUGCAACUUCCGCUUCAUCCUCAAGCGACUCAAAAAGCCACGACAGCAAAAGCGUCAUCUCGGCGGUGGCUGGUGAGCCGCGGAAUCCUCUCAGAGGCAAAGGCAAGUCCAAAGAGAAGGUAAACAAAGGACAGAAAACCUCUUCAACUAGUCUGUCUCGACAGAAACGCGAAAAAAAGAAAAAGACAGCGGAGAGUAAGCAGGAUCGCAAAGCAGGUUCCACCACCAGCAGCCCCUCACCGAUUGGCGACUUGAAUAGAAAAGGCUCUCCGGAAACUAUUGAGGAGUCUCCGAAGCGAAACAAAGGCAAAGCCUCAGCUGCCUCAGCUGGUUCCCCCUUGAAAAAGCAAACCAGCAAAGGUGCCAUCAGCAGCAGUGGCACCAACUCGAGCAGCAGCUCCGACGCUGUUAGUGGAAAGAGUAUCAUUUCUAAGCUGUCGUCCACCGUCAAGUCGAAUGACAAGGCUGCUCGAGGAAAGUGA